CAUAAACCCAAAUAUGAAUAAGAACCAAUGUGACAAGGCCAAGUUUUGUUUUUAUACAAACCAAGUUUUUCUAUAAAGAGUAAAUUAUGAAUAGCACGUAUCAGUGAUUGAAUCUAACGUUUAUCAGUAAAGCGACCCACGCAAAAUCGAUCGUCGAGUCGAAGGGAAUCGAGCUGCAUUAGCCCCGGAAACGCAAUCACGUGCCCGUGCUGCCCCAAUGUUAUGUUUUGAUGCUCGCACAAAAUGGCUGAUGUCUCGCUAACACACGAGGACAACUUCGAGGACCGCGACAAAGGAAUUUUCGAGCAAGGAGAUGGUUCAACCCCGAGCAGUCAAGUGGAGGACGAUUCGCUGCCACCUCUUCUCAGGAUACAGAAGUACGCACAGUCCGAGAAUUUUAACGAUCGCCGAAUGGUAUGGAGUUUACUUACGGAAUUAUUCAAGACUGCCCCUCCGGAUACGAUGACGGCCUUUUUACCCCAAAUCAUGAAUACCGUUGUGAAGUUGGUUGAUGAAUCAGAUCUCGCUCGCAAAGAAUACUUGAAACAAAUCCCAAAUGUAGCGGUUAUAGCGAAAGAAUGUUCCGCAAGAAUACCAGCCCUCGAAAACAUCUCGUCCCAGUAUUUACUACCGGUAAUUGUAAGGAAUUUAAGAGCCGACAACGACGAUGUAUGGAGAUGCGUCCAAACUGCCUUAUUCUCGAUGAUAAAAUUGGAGUUGGUUUCGUUGAGAGACAUCGAAGUAAAGGUGUGUCCUACGGUUCUCGCAUUAUCCAGGGAUAGAGAAGGUCCUCAUAAAGGAAUUGAAAGUACUAUCAUCACCGCUGCUUUGACGUUAAUGAGUAAACUUGCGACUUUCCUUGGACCGGAAGUUACAGAACGGGUUUUGCUUGACCGUUUUGCGGAAUUGUGCCACGACAAAAACGUUACAAUACGACGAGUAUGUGCUGUUCAAUUUCAUAAUUUUUGUUCGGUCGUUGGGAAGAAUGCUUACGAAAAAGUUUUGUUACCAAGUUUUAUAGAUUUAUGUAACGACCCGGAAUGGACUGUACGAAAAGUCUGCGCGGAUAUGGCCAUUUCAGUUUCUUACGGUUGUCCACCAGAAAUUCGAAGAACCUCUUUGGUGCCGAUUUUCGUCAAUCUACUGAAAGAUUCAAGUCGAUGGGUGCGAAUGUCGGCCUUUCAAACUUUAGGUCCAUUUAUAUCAACUUUUGCCGAUCCGGCUAAUUCAAUAUCAUUAUAUGGCAAUCUUGGCGAACAAAUUUAUGUCAAUACAGAUGGAACUGAUUUUAGAAUAAAAACAACAUUUCGUCACCGCCAAUUCGAAAUGUUACAUGAUUACGUCGUCAAAAACAUGUUCAAUUUUAAUCCACUUGAAGAUCCUUGCUUAGACGAUUACGACGUCCGCGAAGCGGGUGACAUAACAAUCGACAUUCCAAUGUCCGAAGAUGAUGAAUCAACCGAAUCCUCAACAUCCGUCGAAGUAACCGAUAUUGAUAAAAAACUCGAAGAUGUUAUCAUCCAAAAAAGUUAUAACGUCGUUUCGAAAGCUUUAUACGGCGAAGUGAUUGCCGACGAUGUUUUUACGGACGACGACGAAACGUUAGUCAAUCAAUCUUCGUCUUUGGCAGAGUUUUCAACGGGGACAAUUAAAGAAAAUGAAGAUAUUAAAGAGAUUGUUGAAACGGUGAAAAACGCGGUCUUAAGUUUUAGGAGUGAUUGUAAUAAAAGCGAGGAGGGUUGUUUUGAGAAUAAUAAGGAGUUCAAUAAUGAAGACUUUAUUGGGACUGAGAUUCUGUUGGAUGAUGUUGGUGUUGAAGAUGUUGAUUUAAGAACUAUUGAGAAAAGGGAUGUUGUUAAGAAGGAUGAGCAAACGAUAAUUAAGAAGGAUGAUGGAGAUUUAAAUCAAUUUAAUUCUUAUAAUUAUUGGUAUAUUAGUCCGGAUAUUCCUGUCGAUUUGAGUAUAGUUGAAGAAGGAAAAGUUGAACAAGAAAAUAGCGAUGCAUCAACAAAUUAUUCAACAGCUCAAACGGAUCAUCUAAGUAAUUUAUUUUCAUCGCUUGGACUGGACGAUUCAUUAACUAAAAAUUCUUCCUCAGAUCAUACAUUCACCAUGGGUUUAGAAGGUGAUACAUUUAAAGAAUCUGUUUCAUCGAUUGAAUCGUCGGAACAGCUCGAUAUUUCCCGGAAAAAAUGCGUACCUGAAAUUUUAGUUCUUCACUUUAUGUCGAUGACUGAUCCAUCUCUACAGAGAAACACCGACAACGAAAUGGCGUUUCAUUGCGCUUACUCUUUACCAGCUGUGGCUUUGGCUAUAGGAAGUGAGAAUUGGCACAUUCUUCAAGAUACAAUCGAAGAUUUAGCUUCAGACGUACAAUAUAAAGUUAGAAGAACGGUUGCGAGUAGUUUACACGUAUUAGGAUUGAUUUUGGGCCCGGAAAUCACCACGAACAAUCUCGUCCCCAUUUUCGAGGGAUUUAUUAAAGACUUGGACGAAGUUCGAAUCGGAGUUUUAGAACACUUAGCCGAAUUUUUAAAAUUGUUAUCGCCGAUCACGCGAGCUCUUUACUUGCCUAGAUUAACCGAAUUUCUUCAAGCAGACAACGAAUUAAAUUGGAGGUUUCGACAAGAAUUAGCGGAACAAUUACGCUUGGUUUUGCCGUUAUUUCGACCCGCGGAUGCGGCCAAACAUAUCGUUUAUAUAGCAACAACUUUAUUAAGUGAUAAAGUAGCUGCCGUUCGAGAUUCUGCUUUGGAGUUGGUUUCGGAGCUUCUCAAACAUAUAUCGGUGGAGAAGGAUUUGACGCAUCGAAUUUUAAUUAUGUUAGCGGAACGAUUUGCUCAUUCAAAAAAAUGGAAACGGCGGCAAACGUUCACUUUGUUGUGUUGUCAUAUUUUGGAGAAUGAAUCGGUUCAUUUGGAGGUUUUCGCCACUGAUAUUAUGCCGCAUUUAUUGGAUCUUAGUUGGGAUCCUGUUCCAAAUGUUCGGUUGGUUGUUGCGAGGACUAUUGCUAAGCACAUGAUUCAACAUUCGUUCUUUUCGGAUCCAACAAAUCAAUAUAAUGAAGGAUUAGAGACGGUAAUGAGAAGAUUACAAGCCGAUAAAGACAGAGAUGUUCGCCAGUCAGCUGUAAUACAAAGUUCCGAUGAUUUUUUGACAACCACGCCACAAAAUCAUUGAGAAUUAUUGUUCAAAAUCAUAACAUUGUGCUGUAUCCUGGGCAGUAUACUUAUUAUUAUUAUCACUGGUACUGAGCCAAGUUUCUUUAUUAUUAAUAAUUAUACGUAUACUACCUGUAA